AGGAACACGUGAUUCGCGCUAACUGGAAGCAAGAUGGCGGUGGUGGUGCGGAGCUUGCAAGACCAGCUCGAAAAAGCCAAGGAAAGCUUGAAACAUGUGGACGAUAAUAUUCGUAAAUUAACCGGGCGUGAUCCUAAUGAAUCAAGGCCGGGCCAGAUCCGCCGGCUGGGCGGACCCAUGGCAGGCGUCGGAGGAGGUAGAGGCAGAGGAAUCAACCUGCUCAGGCGUAGUCUCUCAGACAUGGGAAGCGGCGGCCCCCCUGCCAAGCAGAGGGACAUCGAAGGAGCCCUGCUGAGGCUGGCGGGGGAUCAGAGGGCCAGGAGAGAUGCGCGUCACGACAGCGACGCCGAGGAUGAUGACGAUGUCAAAAAGCCGGCGUUGCAGUCGUCUGUAGUAGCUACCUCCAAGGAGCGAACACGCCGAGAUCUCAUUCAAGAUCAGACCAUGGAUGAGAAGGGCAAACAGAGGAAUCGGCGUAUGUUCGGCCUGCUGAUGGGGACCCUGCAAAAAUUCAAACAGGAGUCCAACGUUUCUUCAGACAAGCAAAAGCGACGUUCAGAGAUUGAGCAAAAGCUCGAGGUUCAGGCUGAGGCAGAGAGAAAGAAGGUGGAGAAUGAAAAGAGGGAGCUGUUUGAGGAGAGGAGAGCCAAACAGACUGAGCUGAGACUGCUGGAACAGAAAGUCGAACUAGCUCAGCUGCAAGAGGAGUGGACCAGCCACAAUAAUCGCCUGGUGAAAUACAUCCGCACUAAGACAAAGCCUCACAUCUUCUAUUUGCCUGGAAAAAUGUGCUCCGCAACACAGAAACUCCUUGACGACUCCACCAAGAAACUAAAUGCUGUGUUUGAGGAGAGGCGUGAGGCUUUUGCCGAACACCUCAGCAAGAUGGAGUCCCGCCCCCGGCGACAGCCAAACCGUGACCAGGACGGCAACACAGCGGCAACAGGGACGGACCACCCAGCCGAGGGUAAGCCAGCAGGUCAGGUAGUCAAGGUGACAGGUAACAAGGGGGAUGCAGACAUGGAGGAAGAGGAGGAGGAAGAUGAGGAGGAGGAGAGGGAAAAGGAGGGGGAUAGAAAGGUGAUAGAGAAGGAUGAGGGGGAGGAGAGGGAGGAAGAGGAGAUGGAAGGGUUGAAGAAGGUAGAUGAAGAGGAGGAGAGGAUGGAGUUCAGUGAGGAGGGUAGUGAGGAGAAGAAGGAGGGAGAGGGGGGAGUUAAGGGCAGAGAGGAGCAGAAGGAAAAGGGAGAUAAGGAGGCAAGUCCAGGGUCAGAGGAGAUGGAGGUUGAGCAGGAGCAGGAGGUCAGGAGAAAGGUAGAGGUGGGAGAAACAGAUAGUAAACAGGGGCCGGCAGAGCUCCAAAAUGAAAGGACCCAAGACACCAAGUCCUCUGAACCAACCAUAACCAGCCAAGAAGUACCAGACACCAGUCAGCAGCCCCAGUCCAGUCCCACUGCAGUGGAACCCACAGUACAGUCCUCUGAGACCCAGGGGGCUUUUCCCACCCCAGAACCACAAACAACCCUUCCUGCUCCUGGGCAGGAUUUCAUCAUCCCUGGCCUUGAGGUCCAGGACUCGGCAGUUGAGAGCCAGGCUGCAGAAGGGAAAUCAGGGGACGAAGUCCCACAAAAACUGCCUGAUUUCCAGGAGGUCCCCAGCACUACCCCUGCACCGUCCAAGGAGGACGAGGACAGUGGGAGAGGGAGGAAGAAGGAAAAGGAGCCAAAGAAGGCCCGCAGUCAUAGUAACAGCUCCUCCUCCUCGUCCUCUGGCUCAUCCUCCAGCGGAAGCUCCUCCUCUUCCUCCGGAUCCAGCCGCUCCUCUUCAUCGUCAUCAUCAUCCUCAUCCUCGUCGUCCAACAGCAGCAGCCGAAGUCGCAGCCGAGACAGCAGUAAGCGCAAGAGGAGGCCAUCGGAUAGAGGCAGGGACAGGAAGAAAGGAGAAGACAGAAGUCAUCGUAAGAGAGGAGGGAGUAGCGGAGGAGGAAGGGACUCGAAGGGAUCAAAAGAGAGGAGGAAGAGGAGGAGCGAGGAAGGAAGGGCCAGGUCGUCCCGGAGCGAUAGGGAGCAUAAGGAUAGAGACAGGAAGGACAAGAGGCGCUAAUCCGGUUCUUACUCAGCCUCUAUAUGAUCAUUUGGCAACCAUAGGAAAACACAGAGGGAAAAUAAACCUCCAGCUUUUAGUGACAAAUAAGAUCACAGAAGUUUUAAACUGGUAUUAAAUGCCACAUUUUUCACAUAAAGGCCCUUUAUGUUUUAACAUAAGAGGAUGUUUCUUAACAUAGGGAUUUAGAAGCAGUGUCCAAAUUCAUUUGAAUCAGUGAACAGCUGGUCAUCAUAUUUUCCUCCAUUUAAUUGGCAAAAGAAAUGUAAACUGGACUUUGUAGUCACAGUGGUGCAUGUGGCAGGGCUGCUCCUGGUGGGAGACAUUCAUUUCAGUCCUGUCGUUUUCAAUCCAAAUGAUUUAUCUUCGGCCUGACAUUUGGGUUGAACAAAGGUCUUUGUGGCACUACUACUACUACUACUACUAUAAGAUGGUGUUGAAUGUUUGUUUUCUAUUUUUUCAUCCCAAUCAUAAUGCCAUAGACAGGGGUAUUGAUGGUUAUGGUAGCAGUGACCAUUAACAUACAGUAGUUGUGUUUUCAAGUUGAUGUGAUGAUGCUGUUAAUCCCCAUUUAUCUCCACUGUUUGAUCAAUGUCAAGGCCCUUGUACCUUCAUCACAUGGGUACAUGUGUGAUCUGCUCAAAUACUGUUUUUGAAACUUUUUUUUUUUUUUUUUUUGUACCAACUGAUAAUCUGCUUCAAAAUAAAGGUGAGGUAUUAGUGGAAA